AUGCCUUAUCACGAGAUAGUAUUUCAAGUUUACGAAUUUGUUUUUUUACUGGGAGUUUUGACUAUUACAGCACUUUUAAUCUUUGCGGGUUUUGUCUCAGUCCUGGUAGAUUUAGCAAUAAACCGGCUGCUAAAGAAACCGUCAUCGAAGACAUCGCAGGUCAAAGUUGAUCGUAAAUUGACGACACAAAGGCCAUCGCCUACCAAACCCGCCAAGACUGUGCGCCCAAUGAAGUUGAAGGGCUCGCAAAUUAAAGCCAUGGUUGAUAAGUGCAAAAGUUCUGAUUGUGAGCGCUUGGCAAAAAUCCGUUCGAUGGCCGCUGAUGCCGAUCGAAUCUUAAUAAGGAUGAAAAGGGCAAGAGCUCGGCGCCAAGCCCUCAAAGAAGCCGAAGAGACCAGGAUAAAACAGCAAGCACAGGAAAUGGCGCAAACUGUUCAGUCUUCUUGGCAGACUUGUCGGCGGUUAAACGCACUCAUGCGAGAGCGCACACGGAAAAAUGAGAUCUGGUUAAGACAGAUUAGAGAUGGAACUAGGGUUCCACAAAAAUUGAUUAAAGACUGGAAACUAGAAUUGAAGUCCUCGGGGAAAGCCGAUGACAAGGAGGCAUCUUCAGCCACCGAAAAUUCUGACAAAAAUAAAGCAGAUUUGAGAGCAUCCGAGGGAUGUGGGAUAAAAAGUAAAGAAGUGUCAGUUACACCAGCGGAUGGCUAUCACAUGGCUGAUGACAAAGAUAAACAGGUUAACGAAACCACGGAUAGUGUGUCUGAUCACAGGGAAACAAAGAGAGAACACGCUUACAUAAAUCCAGUUCGCAAAGUUCGCGGAGACACCAAGGUCAUCAAAAUGAAGCUUAGCAAAAACAACAAGCUAGCCAAUUUGCUGGAUCCUUGUCCAGGCGGCGAUGGAUUUUACGUGUAUCUGUGA